CGGCCUCAUGACUAACACAUGUUUCUUAUUAUUGAUUUGUUUUGAAUUUGUUUUGUUUAAUUGUUUUGUUUUUUUAUCUAAUUGUCAAUGAGAAUUGAAUUAAUUACUCAAAUUGGACUGAUUAGAAGAAUGUCAUCUUUUAGUGGAGUUAAAAGAAAAUUUGAUGUUAUUGAACCUCCAGCGACAAUUAGUAAAACAAAGAAGCGAAAAAAUAUUUUGGAAAUUGACAGGGGAGAUUCUGAUUACUAUUUUGAACAUGGUCUGAGGAAAGUGUAUCCAUAUUUAUAUACAUUUUAUUCGUUUUGCAAGGGACGUUGGAUUGGAUCUAAAAUAGUUGAUGUUUACCAGAAGGAAUUUAGAUCAAUUAAUAAUGGCUCUUUGCUUGAACGAUUCUCCAAAGGUUUGAUUAGAGUUGAUGAUGAACCAGUUUCUCCUGAUUAUAUUCUCAAAGACAAUGAUUUAAUUACUGGAUUAGUGCAUCGUCAUGAAAUGCCUGUUAUCGGAUUACCAUUGAAAAUUGUUCACGAAGAUGAAAACAUUCUAGUUUUGGAUAAACCUCCAUCUAUACCGGUUCAUUCUUGUGGUCGUUUUCAUCUCAAUAGUGUUUCUUCAAUUCUUAAAAAAGAACAUGGAAUUGAACAAUUACACAUUUGCCAUCGAUUAGAUCGUUUAACCUCUGGCCUUGUCAUCACUUCUAAAAAUCGCUUUUGGGCUCGUAAAGUGAUUGAUCAAAUAACUCAACGAUUAGUUAAGAAAGAGUAUAUUGCCAAAGUUACCGGACAAUUUCCCGAAGAUGAAAUUACCUGUUCAAAGCCAUUAGGUACUUUGGACCAUAAAACUGGCCUUCAAAUAGUCGAUGAAAAGAAUGGUAAAGAAUCAAAGACCGUUUUCAAACGAAUUAGUACCGAUGGUAAAACAAGUUUAGUCCAAUGUGAACCAUUAACCGGUCGAACUCAUCAAAUUCGUGUCCACCUCCAGUACUUGGGUUAUCCGAUUGCAAACGAUCCCCUGUAUAACUGUGAUUCCUUUGGUCCAAAUAUCGGUAAAGGAGGAGACUAUGGUGAAGGAACAUUACAAGAUUUAGCACAAAGGGUUAUCGAUAAACACAGACAUCUUCAUGUCUUUGAAUCAGAUGAUUACCAACAAAUGGAAACUCUUACUCAGGAAGAGCUUGAUAAACGUCACGAAGAAAUUAAUCAACUCAGUGAUUUAGUUAAUAAAACAAUUAGUGACGAGUGGAGGGAACACAUGAAAAGUAAAUCGAAAGAUUCGAGUAAACUUUCAAUCGAUGAAAAUUGUUCUGAUUGUAAAUCGCAAGAAAUUAAUCCAUUGCCAAGCGAAUUGUUAAUUUACCUUCACUGUGUUUCUUAUAAGGGUAUUGAUUUCCAUUUUCAAACUGAAUUACCUUUCUGGGCUCGUGAUUAAUUGUAAUUACAUCAUAAUAAUUGGAACAUAAUCUUUAAUUAUCUUUAGAAUCUUUUUCUCUGCUGAUUUAAUUGUUGAACUUAUUUUCUUUAUCCUCUUUGUUCAAAGUUACCAGAGCUCAUUAUCCUAAUUGUGUGAGCAUAAAUACCUGUUUUCUCAUAGUUAAACUACAACGCCAACCAUAUGACGCUAAUUGUUGACAAAAAUAAACCAUGGGUGAAAUUUACCAACCAGCAAUUAAUUGACCAGAGUUGACAAUUUACAAUAAAAUAAAAAAUACA